UCUCACCAUCAUAUUGAUAUUAAAAAAACAUUACAAUCUUGUGUUAAUAGCACUAAGAUAUAAACUCCUUAUACAAUUUUGGUAACCGAAAUAUUGCGAUGUUUCAUUUGAUACGAAUAUAUAAAGUUCAUCAGUAGAUAGUAGCAAGCCAGCAUUUUAGUUUAGGAGGAGUCCAAAUGUCUCAAUCUGAAACACUUUCUUGAUCUUACAAAAAUUACUCUGUCAUGUGGUGAGCAACCGAGUACCAUUGUUUGGGCCUGAUAUGGUGACGUUCUCAUCAUCCUCUUCCUUAAACCUAAAUCCCAAGCCUUUAGGACUUUCUUCCUCUUUGCUCCACUGGUAUCCAAAAUAGAGUCCUCCUCAAAGCGCACAAGCAACAAAUUGGUUGAGCUCCAUAGAAGUAAAGUAAAGUAAAUCCAAUAAAAAAAAAAAAAAAAAGUAAAGUAAAAAAGUUGAAUUUAGGCCUUGAGCCUACGGAAUAACUUUGAAAAUCAGAAGCAUAAAACUAAAUAUUUAUACGUAAAAAAAAAAAAUGUUAGGAUAAGUCUGGGACCAUCCUGGUCCCUUCGUAGCUUCCCCUCUGCCGCUAGACCCAUAUCAUGAAACAUCAAUUAAUAACUAAAAUUUAGUAUACAUAGAAACGGUGGUGUUUGUAGUGGCAUUAAAAAAAUAAUCUCUAAAAACGAUAUAAUACAUGUUACUUUUAAAUCUGUGUCAUGAAAAUGAGCACAAUAAUGAUCAGAUAUUGAAAUUGGCCGUCAAAUGUGACCCUGCGUGCGUGCAGCAUGGUAGUGGUAGAGAUUAGAGAUAGAAAGCGUACAUGAAUCAAAGUUUAUCUUGUGUAAAUUAUGCACUAGUUGAUACUAUUACUUGAUCAUACUUCAUAAGAAUCUAAUUUAUAUAUUGGUAAUUGUUAUUAAAUUAUUUAAUCAUAGAAGAAAAAGACAUGCACGUUGUGUAUUUAUAUGCUAGAUUGGACUACCUCCUAGUCCAUUAGCUGGAAAAGGGACCCUACCACUAAUAAUUCAUGAGUGGAAGCUCCCAUUGGAUUCCUGCUUAUACUGUUUAGCGUACGAGUGAUAGUUAAGUGUUCUUUCGACUUGAGGUUUCGGGUAUGUUUUUGCGUCGGUGAUGAGAGUAGCCGAUCUAUCUAUAUAAUUGCUUCUCUUUACCAAUCGAAAAUUAAGGACCAUACAUGUAUUCUAAAUUAAUUAAGCUAACUUCCAGUUGAAGCUAAUAGAGAAUUAUGUGAAAUUUAUUCAGAUUUCAAGGAAGAUAUGUUUGGAUCAUAAGCAUCUAAUUGAGUUUAUAUCAUUUCUUAUUGCAUUCGAUGGAGUCCACAUUUUGGCCAAAAUGAUUGACAACAUGUGAAGGCAAUGUGAUUGUGAACUUUGUAUAAUCAAUUUUGAAGUUGAUGAUUAGCGAUUAUUGUCAAGAUUUUCAAAGAAGCAGAACAAUGGCUAAAUAUUAAUUACACCAAUAUUGUUUCAGCUUGCAUUUAAUUACCUAAUAAAACAACAGGGGUGCGGCCAUGCGAGAGCUAAUGUAUCGAUUGUUUUUAAUUUUGUCAUAUUUCCGAUGUAAGAUUGUUAAAAUACAAUAAUGUUCAACAUUGAUAUCAUGAUAAAGCAAGCAAUGGUACUAUUGAGUUCUUAAAGAAUCACUAAUCUAGCUAGGUUGUUCAAGGAAUCUUUACUUUUGCGGCCCACUCCGUUGUUUUUGCCUCCUUAUAAUUGUCCCAUCAAAUCUUUACCAGUAAAUUGGCAUCUAGUUUCUUCUAAUUUGCGAUAUAAAAGGCAACCGCAAACCAAAAAAGUUUUUCGUUAUGCGUGUAUCGGAAAAAAAACGUCUAUCGCACGUACGAAAUUUCAUCUUAUAUUUUGUAAAGAGAUUGUUUUCACGACUAAAACUCGUGAUUUUUUUAUCACAAAAAAGCAACACUUCCAUUGUGAUAUAAACCCUAAAAUUAAGUUUAAUGGACUGCUUCGAAAUUCCCAUAAAAUAUAAAACCGUCUAUAUGCAUUAUAUAUACGUAAUUAAAAUUUUAAUCACAUAUGACAAUCCAGAUGCAAAAAACCUUACUGGAAAUCGGGUGGGCGACGUAUGCUGGAAGCAACUGCCACAUGGCAUGCAUAAUUAACAAUAAUGUAAAUCGUAGUUGAAAUGUCAUUUUCUCUCCCACUUAAUGUCUCCAAAUAAUUAAUUAGAAGAUUUGAAGGUGGUCUUAAUUAGUCAAUUGUCGUUUGAUUGCUUAUGCAUGUUGAAUUGUCUUUUCUGAUUACUACACACAACCAUCACAUGAUAAGAAGAAAAUUCCAACUUGUGUGACAACGUUUUUUAUGUCUAAAACGACCUUGCGUUCGCAAAGCAUUUUAUAACCGGAAAAAAAAAAAAAAAAAAAAUCGAACUUGUAACAUCUUUCAACAUCGAGAUGAUAAGUAUCAUUAAACUAAAAACUAGUUAAGAACUCGUUUGGAAGUGAUUUUCAAAUGACUGAAAUUGAUUUUGGUCAAAAUAUUUUUGUGUUUUAAAAGCACUUGAAAUUCUUCCUGCUUCUUGCACUAGUUGUGUGUUUCUUACCGGGAGUAUUUCAAGUGUUUUUUCAGGAUUCACUUGCAUAUUUACUAAGAAUUGAUUUCAACAUCACUCUCAUCAAAAGCGCUUUCAGUCAUUUUAAAAGCUCUUCCAGACAAGCUGUAAUUCUUCUAAUUAAUACUCGUGUUAAUCAUACGUCCAUCCCCAUCAUAUAAUGUAUGAAAAAUGUAAGAAAACAAAACAGGAUGUGUGAUUAGUGGUAAGCUUUAGAAUAUACAGCUCUCUUAUUGGUGUCACCAUGUAGGGCGGCACAGCCUCAGCCUCAACAUUAUGGGACCAUCACCUCGUUGAUUGACACUCUUUUUCUUCUGGGUUUUCAAACCGGCCUGGCAGCCAGGUAAAGGCAAAUUGGAAAUAACCCAACUUUCUUUUGUCCAUUAGCUCAACAAAUUAUCUAAAAAAAUAAUAAUCCCAGUUUGAUUUGAGACCAUGAAUAAAGAAUCUUAAGGUAGAAACAUUACAGAAACCCUAACGGUGGUGUCCACCAUUAUGUGUGGCUGGUCAGGGUCGGAUUGCAGGAGUUUUCAACACUCGACAUCACUCGCAACGGUCCGUACCACCCUUCUUUCAACGCUACACGUCCAUCAUCCGACUCGCAUGACUGUGUCUUAGGUGAUAAGGGCAAACUUACAUGAUUACGAGUAUGAGUGCUAUAACGUCUCUACUAAUAAUACAAUGUCAUAUUUAUGUUUAAGGGUGUUGCAAGUCCCUUGCGCUAUGAGCAGACUAAAAUGAAAUCGAGUGUGACCAUUAUAUAAGUGAGAGGUAUCAUACUAAUAACGUUAUCGAACUUCUCCAUGUCAUAGUGUUUUGGGUUAGAAACAUUUUGCAACAAGAAGCCCAGUUACAAAUACGUGGACGAAAAUGACACUGUGUGGAACCUAUAUGGACAAUAAAACUUGUUCAACCUUUUCUAAAACAAACGAUAAUUCACUUUUAAGUAUUUAAACUAACGUGAAUGGGAUUCGACUCAAGUGCACAAAGAGGAGCACGUCUGCUUCUACCAAUAUGCGAGCUGCAUGUUUCGACAUUAGAUUUUAAAACGAGUACCUAAUUUAUCACCUCAACCCGACCCAAUGCCCUCUUAGUUCGCAUCUUUCAAGCCCAUCCAUCUCGGUUUUUUUGAAGAAAAACCCAGUUUCUGUGCUCUUGUUCGUUUUGGACCUCUAGGAAAGAAAGGGAACAGCCCAUGGACUACUAAGCCCAAUAAAAGUAGAAGCAUAAAAUUCCAGAAGCAGAAUUAUAAUGCAGCAACUUUGAAGCCUUGUGGUCAUGCAAAUCGACAUCACCACCAGAAUCAAGCUGGCACGAGUCAUCGUCAUCACGCAGACCUGCAACCUUACCUUCCUCCCCAGGCCAAUCUGCCAUGCAGCUCUUAGAAACUCAUAACCUAUGACAGACGGCCUUAUAAAUCUCCAGUGAUCAUCAAGGCCCUUCAAAGCUAGUAAAGCGGAAGACUAACGACGUCACAUAACUUAACGGUCAGCGCUCUUCUCUCUCUCUCUCUCUCUCUCUCUCUCCCCCUCCUUUUGGAAUACUAACAUAGGUUUAUCUUCUCUACUGAAGGUGCAAAGGUAAUACGAAAAGUCAUGGCGAGGAGCAAUGCAGUUUCAUGGAGUCUAAUGUUCUUGGCUAUGGGGAUUUUUAGUUAUGUAGCAGUUGAAGCCACCAGAGAUGGGAUUCAAGGGAGGGAUUUGAUAGACAAGAGACUUGGUUUGGACCAUGGGAUAAAGAAUUGGCACAGUGAAGAGGCUGCUGCUUCUCAAGGGCUGACAGCUGAUGGUUACGGAGGUUAUGGCUCAGGCUCUGGUGGCGGCAGAGGCUCUGGUGGUGGCGGAGGCUUUGGUGGUGAUAAUGGCGGUGGCAAGGGAUAUGGUGGUAAUGGUGGUGGGUUUCACAAUGGUGGCGGAUUUGGUAAUGGUGGCGGAUUUGGGAAUGGUGGUGGAUUUCAUAAUGGUGGUGGAUUUGGUAAUGGUGGUGGAGGAGAUGGUGGAUUUGGGGGAGGCACAGGCCCAGGUUAUGGUGGUGGGAUGGGUGUGGGCGGUGGAGAAUAUGGUCAUAAUGAGAAGAUGAACUAGGUCCAUGAAUCUUCCCUAAUCUUACUAGAGCAAGAUGAAUAACUAUUUUCCAAUGUAGCAUGCCUAUGGGGACAAGAAGCAAGAAAAACCAAAUAAAAUGUCUUACUUCUGUUCUGUA